CGGCGGAGGGGGUUAAAGCUUCCAGUGUUUGUGUUUGUUCGUGUCGCUGUUUUACAUGAUGGAAGUCACGAGACAGAAUUUUAAGGAGGUUCUUCCAGAGGUGAGUGUUGCUGUACAGGAGGCGGAUUUCAUCUCUAUAGAUGGAGAAUUCACAGGAAUCAGUGAUGGACCGUCUGUCAGUGCCCUGACCAAUGGACUCGACACACCUGAAGAGAGAUACUGCAAACUCAGGAAGCACUCCAUGAACUUCCUGCUCUUCCAGUUUGGCAUCUGCACCUUCAGAUACGACCACAACAAAUCCACAUAUGUCACAAAAACAUUCAACUUCUAUGUCUUUCCGAAACCUUUCAACCGCACGUCUCCAGAUAUUAAAUUCAUCUGUCAGAGCUCCAGCAUUGACUUCCUGGCCAGUCAAGGAUUCGACUUCAACAAAGUCUUCCGCAGCGGUAUCCCCUAUCUGACGCAGGAGGAGGAGUCUCAGCUGAGGGAACAGUAUGAGGAAAGGCGGGGUCAGAUCAACGGGUCGGGACCGCCCACUUACACGCCCACCUCCGGCUCGAGUGUCCAGCACAUACCUGAAGAGCAGAGAGAGUUCAUAAAGCUGGUGGAGAAGAAGGUGGACGAUCUUUUGAAGAACUCUGAGAAAUCUCUGGACCUGGAGCCCUGUACAGGUUUUCAGAGGAAACUCAUCUAUCAGACACUCAACUCAAAAUAUUCUAAAGGACUUCACGUGGAGACACUGGAGACCGACAAGGAGCGUUUCAUUCAGAUCAGUAAAGUCGAUGAUGAGGAGAGGAAGAGCAGAGAACAACAGAAACAACAGCGAGAACAGGAAGAGCUGAAUGAUGCUGUGGGCUUCUCCAGGGUUGUUCGGAUCAUCUCAAAGUCUGGUAAACUGGUUGUUGGACACAACAUGUUGCUGGACGUGAUGCACACUAUCCAUCAGUUCUGCGGGCCGCUGCCGGAGGAGCUGGAAGACUUUAAGGAUGUGGCGAUGUCGGUGUUUCCCAGACUGUUAGACACGAAACUGAUGGCGUCCACACAGCCGUUUAAAGAGAUCAUUCACAACACAUCUCUGGCUGAACUACACAAACAGCUGAGAGGGAAACCCUUCAAAUCACCUGCAACAGAGUGCCCCGAAGGCUUUCAGAGUUACGACACAUCCACAGAACAGCUUCAUGAAGCAGGUUAUGAUGCGUACAUCACUGGCCUGUGUUUCAUCUCCAUGGCAAACUUCCUGGGUACUUUUCUUACACCUCCGAAGAGUUACAUCUCAGCUCGCUCCAAGCUCCUCGAACCCUUCUACAACAAAUUGUUCCUGAUGAGGGUGAUUGACAUUCCCUACCUGAACAUGAGUGGACCCGACUUGCAGCCCAAGAGAGAUCACGUUCUGUACGUCACAUUCCCUAAAGAAUGGAAAACGAGUGACCUGUACCAACUCUUCAGCGCCUUCGGUAACAUCCAGGUGUCGUGGAUUGAUGACACGUCAGCAUUUGUUUGUCUCAGCCAGACGGAUCAAGUCCAGAUAGCCAUGAACACUAGUCGGUACGCUGAGAGUUACCGUAUCCAGACAUACGCUGAGUAUUUGCAGUCCAAACAGAAGAACACCAAUACUAACAGGAAGUGGGCUAAUGACGGGUGGGCAGAUACUUCCUACGGUGCUGCUGCCAUGACGACAACCUCUGGCUUCAGCCGGUUACAGGCAGUGAAGAGGAGCAUCAGUCCGUCUGUAGAUGAUCAGAACUGUAACGCUGACAGCAGCUGGAGUAAUUACGACAACAUCAAGAUGAUGAAAAUAGAAGGUGUCGAAGGGUGUUCACAAUCAUACACUGAAGCGACAGGCGAUUGGCUGGGUCUGCAGCCAAAUGAAGGCGGGACACCUGUGAGCCCACUUCAGGAAGAGGCGGAGCCUGAGGACUUGUCAGCCAAUCGGAGUCAAGGCAAAAGGAGUAACAAGAAGCACAAGAGGAGGAAGUCAGAUGCUUCUGAUAUGGCGCUCUUCACUGUUCCUCAGGUUUGGUAGCAAGAACAGCCAAUCAAAACACUCAUUCCAGGUGUAAUCGACAGCCAAUCAAAAGACUGCACUUAUAAUAUAUGUAUAUAUUAUAUAUGUGUCACAGCAGCUCUUGGUCAUCUGUGACCUCCCGUGGGGGGUGGGGGUGCGUGCGUGCGUGCGUGCGUGCGUGCGUGCGUGCGUGCGUGCGUGUGUGAUAUUUUAAGACAUGUAAAAAGUGUUCCCUCAUUUUUAAGUGUGUAUCAUCAGUGAGGUGUUUCGUGUCCUGCAGAUGAAUUUAUUCCUCUUGAGGGCCGUUCUGUCUUUCUUUGAUUAACGAUGAGAAAAAAAGUGUCAAAGUUUAACGAUAUUAUGAGGAAUAUGAUGUUAAUAUCAUUGUGUUUUUUGUAUGGUGAAAUGUUCCCUUUUCCAGGGCAGAUCAAAUUAAAGAAUCUUUCCUAGUA